AUGAAUGUACUUAAGAUAAAUUCAUCGUUAUUCAACAAAACUCCUUUGCUCCGUCACACUUUCAAAAAGAACUCAGGCCCAAAGAUACUCUUAAAAUAUGAGUUCCUGCAACCAAGUGGAAGUUUCAAGAGCAGGGGUAUUGGCCAUCUAAUAUCAAAAAGAGUAGAAGAACUUUAUAAAAGGAAACCUGGUAUCCAAGGGCAUGUAUUCGCUAGCUCUGGAGGUAAUGCAGGGCUCGCAGCGGCGGUUGCUUCUUCAGAACUUCAAAUUCCAUGUACAGUAGUUGUCUCUAAAGCUACCCGCCCAAGGUUGGUGGAAAAAAUAAAAUCUUACGGGGCACGGGUAAUUGUUUAUGGGAGACACUGGAAAGAAGCAGAUACUUACAUGAGAGAGAACUUAAUGAAGCAGGUUAAUACUGAAACUCAUGAACCGAUAUAUACUCAUCCCUUUGAUAAUCCACUCAUAUGGGAGGGUCAUUCAUAUAUGGUUGAUGAAAUUUUAAAUUCCCUAAAAAACCUGAAUAUUUCCGCCGAUGAAGUUAAAGGUAUAGUUUGCAGCUUUGGUGGGGGUGGCCUAUAUAAUGGCAUAAUCAAGGGACUUGAAAAGCAUAAUCUUGCUGAGCAGGUCCCCGUUGUGUGUGCUGAAACAAAGGGAACAGAUGUGUUACGUGCUUCUUUAAUUGCAGACAAGCUCGUUGAAUUCGCUGAGAUUAAAAGUUGUGCAACUUCAUUAGGUACAGCAAAUAUAUCUAGUGUUGCUUUUGAAAAUGUUAAAAAAUAUUCAAGCAAGUCUGCAGUCGUUAGUGACAAGGAUGUCAUCGAGACUUGCUUACAAUUUUCGAAGGAUACGAACAUUGUUACAGAACCAGGUUGUGGAGCUACCCUAUAUUUUGGUUAUAACCCACAUAGGUUACAAGAAAUUUUGGGUACCAAGUUUAAAGAAGAUGAUUAUGUCAUAUUAAUCGGAUGCGGUGGCUCCUCGACAAACCUUAAAGAACUUCAAGAGCUAUCCAGAUCUUUUAAUACUCAUAUUCCUCUUCCGCAAACUCAACCGAACGACGUUCUAUAUGGUUCAUGA